AUGGAGUCAUUGUUGAGCUGUUCGGCUGUCUGGCACUACCCACAGGAGGAAGACUAUGUCGGAGAGAUCAAAGGGGGUCUGAGACCUGCAAUGAGAUUGACUGUGAUGGGCAUUGUUCACAAGCAGCCAAAGAGUAUGGUGGUGUCUGUGAUCUGUCAGUCACAGAAUGACACGGAGGGUGAUGUGGGGCUGCAAGUAAGGAUCAGUUUUUCGGAGAAGGCCGUCCUUCGCAAUGCUCGUCUGGCUGGGCAGUGGGGUGCCUCAGAGAGAGCGCUCUCAUACUUUCCUUUUGCUGCUGGAGAGCCUUUCAAGAUGGAGAUAGUGUGUGAGCAUCAGCAGUUCCGUAUCUUGGUGGAUGGUCAGCCUCUGUGUUGUUUUUCCCACCGAAUCACUCAGCUGUCCUCCCUCAAUGCCCUGAGAGUGGUUGGAGACCUGCAUCUAACCAAAGUAGCCUGA